UAGGUUUUUAUAUUGGAGCAUACGACUAUAAUCCUUCUCUUUUUCCCCCAAAACCCUUCCUCCGACUCCCCUCCAAGAACGUAACGAAAGCUUCACUUCUUCUCCAGACCUUAAACAAUGAGCAAGAAGAGGCUCAGAGAAUCCAAAAUCAAACCCCAAACAGCCCUUCUUGACGCAACACAAGGCACUUCUUUAAUAAAGCAUUUAGCUUCAUGCAACGCUUCCAUAAGGUCAAAAGCCUUCGCACAUCUCCAAACAUGGCUCGUAACUCAAACAACUCAGCUCGCCGAUGAUGAUAUGAAGAAGCUUUGGAAGGGCCUUUUCUACUGCCUUUGGCACUCCGAUAAAGCCCCUGCUCAAGCUCUGCUCAUCGACCGCAUCUGCUCUCUGGUAAAAAAUCUUGAUUUAGGUAUUUGCUUGCAUUAUUUUUCUGCUUUCUUGAUUACCCUUCGUCGCGAAUGGAAUGGUAUUGACCAUUUAAGAUUGGACAAGUUUUACUUACUUAUUAGGAAGUUUGUUGGCUCAGUGUUUGAGUUGAUGAAGAAAUGUAAGUGGGAUUUGGAGGUUAUGGGGAAGUGUGUUGAGGUUUUGGAGAAUAAUGCGUUUUUGGCGACGGAUAAGUUGUUGGGUCACGGGGUUAAUUAUCAUAUUGCUUCUGUUUUUCUUGAUGAGCUAAAAGGGUGUUGUGUCCCGAUUCAUAAUGAUGUGGUUGGUUGUUUGUUUAAGCCCUUUUUGAAUGUGAUGGGGAAGUCUGAGGAUAAAAUUAUGGUUGGGAAAGUGAAAAGUUGUGUUUUUGAGGAGUUGUUGAAGAUGGGGAGGAAGUUGUUGGAGAGGAGAAAGGAAGGUGUGGAGGAGGGGGGUGAGAGCUACGGUGAUGUGGCAUUUGGGGUUAUUGCGUUGAAAAUGGGGUUUUCGGGGAAGCUUUUUGAAGUAGGUUCGUUUGUGGAUUGUGUUCAGGGUAAUAGGAAGGUGGCUUUGAAGUUGCACGAGGAGUUCUUGAGGUUGGAGAAGGAGUUUGAAGCUUUAGGGAUUGAAAUUAGUCUGCCUGACGUCGAUGAGGUUGUUGAUGAUGGAGAAGACGUGCCUCAAUUAAUACCAAUUGAGAAUGGUUUGCGUGGUGAAACGUGUGAUUCCGAAGUGGCUAAGGAUGAGAAUGAGGAAGAAUCUGGUGAUGAGACAUUAAGGAACUGCAAGAAGGUGAAGAGAGCAGAGGAUGGAAGCGGUAAAAAGGCGAAGAAGAAAGAAAAGAAGAAAAAGGUUUCUGAGAAUGGCACUUUGGUUGAGGAAAAUGGGUCUAAUGAGCUCGAGAGUGGUAGUAAAAGGGGGAAGAAGAAAAAGAAAAAAAGUGGGCUUUCAGAUAAUUCCUCUAUUGUGGAAAAAAGCUCUAGCGGCUACAAAGAGGAGAAUAUGAUUACUGCUACUGGUGAUAGUUCCAAUUCUGAGCCGGACAUUGAGAACAAAGUGACUUUUAAUGAAGAUGUGAUUUCAAAUCUUCAAAUGCAGUUUGAAAAGGUUGCUGCUGAGGUUGGUUUAGAUGAUGAUGACAACGAUGAUGAUAAUUCAUUUCACUCACCUACAAUUUCUGUGAGAAAGAAGAGAAAGAGGGGAAAAAACACUCAGGUAGCAGAGUCUUGUAUCCCUGUCAUAAAUGGUGAAGUUCAUGAUGCUACAAAGAGUGCAGAGAAAAGUGCAAAGAAGGUUAGGUUUUCUAUGAAGAACAACCUGGUAUGGAAACCAAACAGUCCAAUGCCUCCACAAAGCUUACGGUUGCCACCAACUCUUACUCCCCGAGGUAGUGCUUUGAAAAAGGGGGUGCCGCCCGGUCCCAUAAGAGAGAUGCCACAAUGCACAAGGAAGAUGAAACAGAAAAAGAAAGGCCGCAAGAUACUGAGGACUAUCUCCCCUGCCAUGAAGCGACUGAAAAAGAUGAGAGCUAUGUCUGCUUAGUAAUGUUUAAUUUGGCAGGUGCUUGUUCAUUAAUUUCUUCUUUGUAAUCCUUUUUUGAGAUUUUCUUAAUCCCAUUUGAGACUUCAUAUGUCUUAUGCUUAGGAUUUUUGGUAGCUUUUCUUUGAUUAAACAUAAAGUUACUUAGAGAAAAUGUGUUUUAAAGUUGGUCUUGGAAUUACUCUGUUUUUAUACAUCCAUCGUGUUAUUUAA